GGAUGAAAUCGAGUAUAUAUGUAGCGUUUAGACUGGUCUUAAUCUUGUCCCUGACCGUUUUAAUUAUAUUUAUAACAUAUACACACAUCGAUACUAGAUGGAGAAGGCGAUAUACUAAUAGAAUACGAAAUGUUCAACUUGAACCCAGCAGUUUGUCUUAUGAAGGAAGUUCAGAAGCAGCUGUACGAGACACAGGGGCCCGGGUUUACCACAAACAUCACACAGAAACAGUUGGCGAGGCCGAGGCCCGGAUUUACAGCACAGAGACAGUUGGCGAGGCUGAGACCCGAAUUUACCACACAGAGACAGUUGGCGAGGCCGGGGCGAAGAUUCACCACAAAUAUAACCCAGUGGAGAUUAAUCCAUUUACGCGGGAAAGUGAUGAGCAAUCCACUUUACUCAAGGAUCCGGAUUCGAGCGAUGAAACCGUAGAGAUUAAUUCAAAUAAAGCACAUCGUCAAGUCGCUGAAUAUGCUUCUGAUGAUGCCUUUAUAUCAGAUAAAAUAAACAGCCUCAACAAAUAUUUCAAUCAUUUAAACUCUGCCAACUUGAAAUCAAAAAGCAAACUUCUGAUUGUGACGUACAUGAGAAGUGGAUCAUCUUUUACCGGGGAAGUAUUACAACAUCACCCGGAUGUAUUUUAUAUGUUUGAACCGUUAUUGAUGCUGGAGAGGCAUAGAUCAUUACAUUUACCACUUCCAUUGAUGUUUAUCAAUCAACCAAGUAUCGGAGAACUAACCGAACCUUUGUAUCUCGACGAAUCCUUAAAGACCCUUGACAAUCUCUUAAACUGUAGAUUUACACUGAUGGAUAUCGCCUCGUUCUAUAACGCCCAUCUUGACCGAAGUCGAUCGACCAAACAGUUCUAUUAUUGUUCAUACAGACUUCCCGGAGUGUUCGGCAUCAUCACCUGCUUAUCGUUUCUCUACAACCAUUGCUUGAAGGCCUCCGUGACGGUUAUUAAAACAAUUAGACUACCCAUGAAAUGGGCCCCGGUGUUAAUGAUGAAGAAUCCUGGCCUGAAAGUUAUCCAUUUAGUAAGAGAUCCAAGGGCUACUCUAAGAUCACAGGCUUAUUAUGGAGGCUUUGAUCUAAAUAGUAUUGGUUUAUAUUCUAGUCGAUUUUGUCAAAGGUUAGAAAAAGAUGUUAAAAUGGCUGUAGCUCUGAAACGGCAUAAAAAUUCCGUCAUUUUAAGAUAUGAAGAUUUGAGUCGUGAUCCAAUAGGCGUAUCGCAAACGAUAUUUAAAUUUAUUGGCCUCGAUAUAACCGAUAAUGUCCAGAUACAUAUUAUAAAUAUCACCGCUUCUGGACACGAUGAACAUUGUGCCUUGUGUGUAUCUAAAGCGAACUCUGCACUCGCGUCUCAACAAUGGAGACUAAACAUGGACAUCAAUCAUGCUCGAACAGUAGACUCGAACUGUCUGACCGUAUAUAACACGUUAGGAUAUCUUCCGGUGACAACACUUCAAGAUUUUACAGAUUUAAAAAUAAGUCUGUUAAAAGAUUCUGAAAUAACCCUUUAAAGGCCGUUUUCACAAAUUGAUACGUACCAUCGUACUAUGAACGGAGUAUGACGUCAUCGCAGCCAUCUUGUAAUUUUGACGUCAUAAAACAAGCAUGUAACGUUUUAUGUUGACCGUCAUUGAAUUGACGGAAAGUUAGACUUUUUCUCGAAGAGCGUCGCUCCCAAGAAUGACAUGAACAACAUUUUAGUAACUGUCGGGGCCCAUUUCCAAAUCCAGAAAUGAAAGCGGCGUGAAACAAAAAAUGUAUUAUAUAUGCAGUCACUUUCAAUUAUUUCGCCUAGUGGACAAACUGAAGUGUCUUAUACUGAGGCCUAUUAACCCGCUAUGGAAGGGUUUCAGAUACAAAUAUAUUAAAUGCACUCACUUUCAGUUAU